CUUAUCAGUAAUCUGAAAGUCAUUGGAAUGACCAAUCCGAGACUUUUUCAUUUCUUACACUAAUAUUUUCUAUAGCUAUGGAAAAUUAAUCAGGCUGGGUGCGGUGGCUCAUGUCUGUAAUCCCAGCACUUUGGGAAGCUGAGGCGGGUGGAUCACCUGAGGUCAGGAGUUCGAGACUAGCCUGGCCAAGAUGGUAAAACCCUAUCUGUACUAAAAAUACAAAAAUUACCCAGGCAUGCUGGUGGGUGCCUGUAAUCCCAGUUAGGAGGCUGAGGCAGAAGAAUCACUUGAACUCAGGAGGCAGAGGUUGCAGUGAGCCAAGAUUGUGCCAGUGCACUCCAGCCUGGGUGAUGGAGUAAGACUCUGUCUCAAUAAAAAAAGAAUAAAAGAAAUUAAUUGAGUAACAUUCUCUUGGACUGUAUUUAAUUUUAAGGGCUCCAUACUUUGGACAGUUUUCUUUCUUCCUUAGAUAAUUGUGAAUAAACAUGGAGUUAAAGUAUACCCUAGGCUCUUGAUGAAUGUUUUAUAAUUUUAAAUUUGUUAGAAUAUCACUCCCAUGCCUUGUCAUAAUGAGCAUAGUAGAUAAAAAAACGUAGCUUUCUCAAUCAGGUUAAUCUACAAUGUGGAGCUAGAUAGAAAAGAGCUUAUCUGAUCUUAAAAAGUUGCCAUGAAAAUAAAAGGCAGGAAAGCUUUCUACAAUUAAAAGACACUUUAUUAAAUCCUGGCUUUAAAAAAAGCUUUAAGGAUUUUUUUUUUUUUAAUUGGGGAAGCAUGAUUUGGGAAGAUUUUUGUUAGUGUUUUUGAAUGUGAUAAUAGCAUUGUGGUUAUUUAAGGGAAUGCAGGAUUGUUCUUAGGAGAUGCAGAUUGAACUGUGAAAGGGUAAAAUGUCAUUUUGUCUGCAUCAUCCUUUCAAAUAGUUUGGGAAAAAUUACAUAUGAAUAUAGUUUAAGAAAAUAUGGUAAAGACUGACGGGAGGGACGGGAGGCGACCAAGAUGGCGCAGAUGCAGGGCACCUGGCGGAAAGUCUGUUACUACUACGACGGGGAUGUUGGAAAUUACUAUUAUGGACAAGGCCACCCAAUGAAGCCUCACCGAAUCCGCAUGACUCAUAAUUUGCUGCUCAACUAUGGUCUCUACCAAAAAAUGGAAAUCUAUCGCCCUCACAAAGCCAAUGCUGAGGAGAUGACCAAGUACCACAGCGAUGACUACAUUAAAUUCUUGCGCUCCAUCCGUCCAGAUAACAUGUCCGAGUACAGCAAGCAGAUGCAGAGAUUCAACGUUGGUGAGGACUGUCCAGUAUUCGAUGGCCUGUUUGAGUUCUGUUAGUUGUCUAUUGGUGGUUCUGUGGCAAGUGCUGUGAAACUUAAUAAGCAGCAGAUGGACAUCGCUGUGAAUUGGGCUGGGGGCCUGCACCAUGCAAAGAAGUUCGAGGCAUCUGGCUUCUGUUACGUCAAUGAUACUGUCUUGGCCAUCCUGGAACUGCUAAAGUAUCACCAGAGGGUGCUGUAUAUUGACAUUGAUAUUCACCAUGGCAACGGUGUGGAAGAGGCCUUCUAUACCACAGACCGGGUCAUGACUGUGUCCUUUCAUAAGUAUGGAGAGUACUUCCCAGGAACUGGGGACCUACGGGAUAUCGGGGCUGGCAAAGGCAAGUAUUAUGCUAUUAACUGCCCGCUCCAAGAUGGGAUUGAUAACGAGUCCUAUGAGGCCAUUUUCAAGCCAGUCAUGUCCAAAGUAAUGGAGAUGUUCCAGCCUAGUGCCGUGGUCUUACAGUGUGGCUCAGACUCCCUAUCUGGGGAUCGGUUAGGUUGCUUCAAUCUGACCAUCACAGGGCACGCCAAGUGUGUGGAAUUUGUCAAGAGCUUUAACCUGCCCAUGCUGAUGCUGGGAGGAGGUGGUUACACCAUUCGUAAUGUUGCCCAAUGCUGGACGUAUGAGACAGCUGUGGCCCUGGAUACGGAGAUGCCUAAUGAGCUUCCAUACAACGACUACUUCGAAUACUUUGGACCAGAUUUCAAGCUCCACAUCAGUCCUUCCAAUAUGACUGACCAGAACACGAAUGAGUACUUGGAGAAGAUCAAACAGCGACUGUUUGAGAACCUGAGGAUGCUGCCACAUGCACCCGGGGUCCAAAUGCAGGCGAUUCCUGAGGACGCCAUCCCUGAGGAGAGUGGCGAUGAAGACGAAGAAGACCCUGACAAGCACAUCUCGAUCUGCUCCUCUGACAAACGAAUUGCCUGUCAGGAAGAGUUCUCAGAUGAAGAGGAGGGAGAGGGGGGCCGCAAGAACGCUUCCAACUUCAAAAAAGCCAAGAGAGUCAAAACAGAGGAUGAACAAGAGAAAGAGCCAGAGGAGAAGAAAGAAGUCACAGAAAAGGAGAAAACCAAGGAGGAGAAGCCAGAAGCCAAAGGGGUCAAAGAGGAGGUCAAGUUGGCCUAAGCAGACCUCUCCAGCUUUGGCUUCCUGCCGAGUCCCUCACCUUUCUCCUCUAACUCCUCAGAUUUUAUAUUUUCUAUUUCUCUGUGUAUUUAUAUAAAAAUUUAUUAAAUAUAAAUAUCCCCAGGGACAGAAACCAAGGCUCUGAGCCCAAGGCAGCUGUACUGGGUGAGCUUUCAGGAGUUGCCUUGCCACCCAUCUUAACUUUGAACCACAAAGGGUGCCAGGUGUAAGUCAAAGGGAUACUUUUAUGCAACCAUAAGACAAAAUCCUGAAAUGCCAAGUGCCUGCUUAGUAGCUUUGGAAAGGCACCCUUAUUGAACAUUAUAGAAGGGGUGGCUGGGUUUUCAAGGAUCUCCUGUUCUCUUCAGGCUCCUAAGGUAACAUUAGCCAUUUUUAGAUUGGUUCUGUUUUCAUACCUUCCCACUGGCCUCAAGUGAGCCAAGAAAGUCGCACUGCCUGCCCUCUGUCUUCCCCUAAUUCUGCAGGUGGAGGUAGUCUAGUUUUCCUUUUUGAGAUACUAUUUUCAUUUUUGUGAGCCUCUUUGUAAUAAAAUGGUACAUUUCUAUAAAAAAAAAUAUGGUAAAAUAAUAAUAGCUGUCGAAUCUAGAUGUGAUGUAUGGAUGUUAAUUUAUCAUUCUUUCUUUCAUAUAUUUGAUCUUUUUGAAAAAGUUUUGGGGAGAAAAAGAUUUAAAAAAUGACCACAUAUGAAAGACACCAGAAUAUAUAAAACAAAAGCACACAUUGAGCCUGGGUGAUGUAAUGAGACCCUGUCCCUAAGAAACUAAAAGAAAAAGAUU